UACUACAACCAUCUUUUUUGCAACGCACGCCGGCCUCGAUCCUAACCACAUCCGCCGGAAUCAUCAUCUCCGGCGACAUUUACAACCAAAAAUGACGUUAACCCGACUACCACAACCCGAUUCUUCCGACUGCAUGCUCCCGGGACCACCUUCUCGCAACAACAACGGAUCUGCCGAUCUCGUCUCCACCGGCCUCCUCGCCUACGCCGCCGGCAGCACCGUCCCUAUCCUCGACACUCGCUCCAUGCAACUCAUCACCGUCCUCCCUAUUCCUCCACCCUCCGCCACCUCCGCCUCCUCAAUCUCCCCCUUCAUCACCGCCGUACGGUGGUGCCCUACCACUCUCCGGCUCGAUCUCCUCUCACACGACCCUACCUCAUCUCACUCUCACCUCCUCCUCGCCGCCGGUGACCGUCAAGGCCGGAUCUGCCUCCUCGAUCUUCGCGCCAAAUCCCCUGAAUCUGAAUCUGAAUCUGAAUCAUCUUCUCCUUCGAUGUUUCUAGAAACCAAUCAAGUUGCAAAAUUAGGUAUUCAGGACCUUUGCUGGAUCCAAUCCAGAUACGACACGUGGAUAGUAGCUGCUUUAACUGGACCCUCGGUGUUGUCUUUGUUUAAUAUCCACACCGGCCGGUGCUUCUUCAAAUACGACGCCGUUCCGGAAAUAUUAUCGUGUGUUAAACGUGAUCCGUUUGAUUCCCGUCAUUUUUGUGUUGUUGGUUUGAAAGGUUUGUUGUUGUCUGUUAAAGUGCAUGGAAGUGUUUCGGAAUCCGACGUCGUUUUGGAAGAGCUUAGGGUUGGUAAUGAUGUGAGUGAAUUGGUGAAGAUGGAGAGGGAGAGUGGUGUGGUUAAUAAUAAUUAUGGUAAUACUCCGGCGUCGGGUUUGUUUCCGAGUUAUGUGGUGAAGAUUGCGUUUUCGCCUCAUUGGAAGCAUCUAUUGUAUGUGACUUUUCCAAGGGAGUUGGUUGUGUUUGAUCUGCAGUAUGAGACGGCUUUGUCGCGUGCUAAGUUGCCAAGGAGGUGUGGGAAGUUUCUUGAUGUGUUGCCGGAUCCGAGCAUGGUGUUGGUAUAUUGUGUUCAUUUUGAUGGGCGGCUUACUGCGUGGCGGCCUAAGGAAGGAGAACAGGUACAUGAUAUGUGUAUGAUGGAAGAGCUAGUGCCUUCAAUUGGCACAUCUGUACCUUCUCCCUCACUUCUUGCAGUUGUUAUCUCUCAAUCUGAUUCCACACUGCAAAAUAUUAGCAAGCAUUUUUCUGACGCGUACGGCACUUCAUUUUCUGACAAGGAAUCUGACAUGGAUUUUGAUAACCCUCUGGAUUUUCGUGAUGAAUCGAAUGUCAUUUGUAAAACACAUUUGAUAUCGAUUUCUGAUGAUGGAAAGAUCUGGAAUUGGCUUUUGACUUCUGAAGGCGCUCUGGAUGAUCCAAAAGAUACAUCAGAUGUUACAGAAGCUAGUAAAGCGCCUGUUCCUGUUCCGGAUCCAAAAUCUGGUACGCGAGUCUUGUCUUACAGUGAUUCCAUGAAAGGCAAGGGGCAUCUUUCAGCCUCCGCUAUAAGCCCGGACAAGCUAACACUAAAGAUCAACCUUGUUGGUCAGCUUCAUCUGCUUUCUUCAGCGGUGACUAUGUUGGCUGUACCAUCUCCUUCUUUGACGGCUACUUUGGCAAGUGGAGGAAACCAUCCCGCUGUGGCUGUUCCACUGGUUGCUUUGGGAACUCAAAAUGGCUCAAUCGACAUUAUAGAUGUAUCCGCAAAUGCUGUAGCCGCAAGUUUUUCUGUUCACGAUGGCGUUGUAAGAGGGUUAAGGUGGCUUGGAAAUACUAGACUUGUCUCGUUCUCACACAGUCUGGGACAUGAGAAAUCUGGAGGCUUUGUCAAUAAGCUUGUUGUUACAUGCCUUCGCAGUGGUUAUAAUCGAACAUUUAGGGUUCUACAAAAGCCUGAGCGUGCGCCAAUUAGAGCUCUUCGGGUGUCGUCUUCUGGAAGGUAUCUGUUGAUCUUGCUUCGUGAUGCACCCGUGGAGGUUUGGGCGAUGACAAAAACUCCAAUCAUGCUUAGGUCUUUAGCUCUUCCGUUCACAGUUUUGGAAUGGACUCUUCCUGCCGUUCCACGACCAAGUCAAACCGGAGCAUCUAAGCAAUCUGUAGCUAGUUCCCAAGAUCAGACUGCCGAUGGGGCCGCUACAGAUUCUAAUGGAGCUCAAGAGGACUUUACAGAAAGUUUUGCAUUUGCUCUAGUAAAUGGUGCACUUGGGGUGUUUGAGGUUCAUGGACGAAGGAUCCGAGAUUUCAGACCAAAGUGGCCUGAUGCAUCGUUUAUAUCUUCCGAAGGGCUGAUAACGGCAAUGGCUUAUCGUAUUCCUCAUGUGGUUAUGGGGGAUAGAUUAGGGAAUGUGCGGUGGUGGGAUGUGACAACUGGGCAAUCUUCCUCUUUCAGUACUCACAGGGAAGGCAUUAGAAGAAUCAAAUUCUCCCCUGUUGUUCCUGGAGAUCGUAGCCUUGGACGUAUUGCAGUAUUGUUUAACGACAAUACAUUUUCUGUGUUUGAUCUUGAUUCACAAGAUCCGUUAGCAAAUUCCUUAUUGCAGACUCAGUAUCCAGGAACCCUUGUACUGGAACUUGAUUGGUUACCCGUGCGAACCGAUAAAAAUGAUCCAUUGAUAUUAUGUAUUGCUGGAGCCGACAGUAGCUUUCGUCUUAUUCAGGUUAACAUUGACAAAAGAACUAGCAAUGUAAGUCAUCCUGGAUGUGUGAAGGAACGAUUUCGGCCAAUGCCAAUAUGUUCUCCUGUAUUGCUUCCUACACCACAUGCCAUGGCAUUAAGGCAGAUCUUGCAAUAUGGGGUAAAGCCUUCAUGGUUUGAUACACAUAGUGCGGUUCCAGAUAUUAAGGGUAAUCCCCAAAUAUCAAGUUCAUCAUCCGUUGGUGAUCUUCGUAGUUAUUUAGUUGACGUAUCACCUGUUGGUGAUUCUGUUGUCCCGGAAUUGCUUCUUAAAGCAUUAGACCCUUACCGAAGAGAAGGUUGUAUACUUGAUGACGAAAGGGUGCGGCAAUAUGCUACGAUAAUCAAUAAGGGUUCUGCUGCACGGUUUUCUUUUGCGGCUGCCAUAUUUGGAGAAACCUUAGAGGCUUACUUUUGGUUGCAAUUACCUCAUGCACUGAAACACUUGUUGAACAUGUUAGCUAACAAGUCUUUGAAAAGAGCACCUGUAAAAUAUCCAUCUACGUCGAUCGAUGAUACAUCUAUACUAACUAGGACGUUUACCAAGGGGAGAUCUGUAGCAGGGUCAACACACACAAGUUUAGUGAAUGAUGGUCAACUUAGGAUGAUGGCGUUUGACCAACACGAGUUGUGGGAAAAUGCUAGUGAGCGUAUCGCAUGGCAUGAAAGAUUGGAUGGUGAACAAUCUAUUCAGAACUGUGUACAUGAGCUUGUGACGGUUGGUAACUUGGAUGCUGCUGUCAAUUUACUGCUGUCUACUCCACCAGAAAGCUCAUUUUUCUAUCCGAAUGCUUUGCGUGCUGUUGCUCUUUCGUCUGCAGUUUCAAGAUCUCUAAAUGAACUGGCAGUUAAGGUAGUUGCAGCAAAUAUGGUGAGGACGGACAGGUCAUUGUCUGGCACGCAUCUGCUCUGUGCUGUAGGGAGAUAUCAAGAAGCUUGUUCACAGCUCCAAGAUGCCGGAUGUUGGACAGAUGCUGCAACUUUGGCAGCAACACAUUUGAAAGGAACUGAUUAUGCAAGGGUAAUGCAAAGAUGGGCAGGGCAUGUCUUGAACGCUGAACACAACAUCUGGAGGGCACUAAUAAUGUAUGUGGCAGCUGGUUCAUUGCAAGAUGCAUUAGCAGCACUGCAUGAGGCUCAGCAACCCGAUACAGCUGCCAUGUUUAUCAUUGCCUGCCGGGAAGUUCAUGCUGAAUAUAUAGAAAACCUAGAUCCUAAUGAAGAAUCGAUCAAGGAUAACCUGCUCGUGUUACGUGGAUUGAACCCACAAAAUGAAGUGGUUAUCGCGGUUGGUGAGUUAUACACCAAGUACCAACAGAACCUAGUCCAUCUUUGCAUGGACUCGCCACCAUUUUCUGAAUGACUCAAGUUUUUCUAUAUCAAACCGAAGCUAAGUAACAGUGGAACCACACUACAAGAAUGAUAUGAUUGAAGGUUUUACUUUUAUGAUACGUUAAAGCACCCUGUCAACGGCAGAUACGGGCUGCAAAAAAAAUUCGUUACAAAAUAAGAUAAGACUCUUGUCUUGAUACAAUUCAGAUACGAGUUGAAACGUGUUUGGGUCAAAACAGGUCUAAUAGGUUCUGGUUAAAAGAAGUUGGGUUGGAUCUGGUUCACCCAGUACAUUAGCUUAUUUUAUUUUUGUUAAUAUGUUUGCUAUAUGUACCUUUUAACAUAUUUUAAUUUUUCAGUUUUAGUUGAAA